AUGGCAAAUGUCUAUCAUGCUGUAGCUGGUCGUGUCAACAAAAAUGGCUUCCACCCAUCCAAACCCUAUGCUUCACGGCACCACGACACAGCGUCGUCUGGAGCUCGAGAUCUCCGCCCGGAAGAAAUUCUCUACCGCUCAAAACCCAAGCUUCUGAAGAAAAUUCUCGAAGACGAGUCCUACUUUGCACAUGAAAAGCUCCCACCCAGCCAGCCACUACCGAACUCGAGUAUCCUCGAGGCCAUCCACGCUUACAGUGCCGACUUCUACCAAAGCCAGACAAGGAAGCAAGGCAAGUAUGACCAUCAUACUAUGGAUGAGUCGGCCUUGCUUGCCAUGGGAAUUUUAGUGGAGGAGUUGGCGAAAGAAGAGAUGGGUGAAACUGGUGACAUGGUUCUUGUUGAAGGACAGUAUUCCGACAACGAAGAGGGCGAGGGCUGGGCAACUGAUGAAUCUACUGCCUCGCGAAUACCACGCAAACACAGGAAGAGGUCAAGACCGACUGCUGUUGACGGGCCGAUGGCCUCGAAUGACUCGUUGCAGGGCGUACGAAAGAAGUUUAAACGUCGCAGACACAAGCUUACCGACGCCAACACCGAUUAG